AUGUGUAAGAUGGAAAAUGGUUGAAAAAUGUAUCUAUCCUGUCAUUUCCUAAAAAUAUAUACUCUUACCUUUCGUUUGGCACCCAAUUUGAUAUUCUCCUAUGAACUUCACAUGUUGGUGCUCAUGGAUCCUUUUACAUGUAAAUGACCCCAAUUCACAUCCUAUAGCAUACCAUGCAUGUACUCAAAACGCCACCAAAUGAGGACAAUCAUGAAUAAUGAAAUCAUUCUUAAGCAUAACCCUGUGUCUUCUUUUGUGUAUUUUAGUGCUUGCAGAGCUGCCUGUACCUCAGAACGUGAUUCUGCGCACCCUGAACACACAGUACCUACUGAUAUGGGACUGGGACCAGACGACCACAGGCAACACUGUUACCUUCACUGCAGAGUACAUGGCGUAAGUAACCACACACACUCCCACAAUAUCACACUCUUAGACACACCCUCCACAUGUCACAUUAUAAUGCAUCUCACAUGAUACACCCAAACCGUGGCUGGUCUAAUAUUUCUUGCACUACAAUAUGAGUAUCAUGAUCUGGUAUUUGGCCAAGACUGCCUCUCAUCAGUAGCAGGUAGCCUAGGAGUUAAGAACAUUGGGCCAGUAACCAAAAGGUUGCUGGUUCAAAUACCUGAGUCGACUAGGUGAAAAAUCUGUCGAUGCCCUAGAGCAAGGCACUCAACCCUAAUGGAUAAGAAUGUCUGCUAAAUGACUAAAAUGUCAAUGUAUAUCAGUGACCCUCUCUCGCCCCAAUAGGAAGUACAAGAUGCAGAGGAAGAAGAAGAACUGGAGCCGUGUGUGCGAGAGGACCACAGAUACCCACUGUAACUUCACAGGCUCUGAUCUGCACUACUUUGGCAUGUAUGUGCUCAGGGUCCGAGCCAGUGCAGACGGACUCAACUCAGACUGGGUCCUCAAAGACUUCUGCCCUGAUAAAGAUGGUGAGAGAGAGGCAAGGGGGAAGACACAGACUUGGGCACCGAUUUAAAAACGCAAACGAAAGAGAUGUAAAUGAUAAGAUAACAAAAGAAUAAACACAGUUGCAAAAAGGCAGUCACGUAUCUGAGCACAACCACACACCAACAUACGUAGAUAGACACCCUAACACACAACUAGCACAGGUAGACAUCUAUCGAUCACCAAUAAUCAUUCUCUGGAGUUGGCUCGGCUGUAUUCUGACCAUUGAUGAUUAUUCAUGGUCAUAUCUGUUCUUCCCCCUGUCUAGCUGUUUUGGGCCCACCGUCCAGGGUGGAGCUGGCUCCUGUGGGGAACCUGCUAGACGUGACCAUCUCUGACCCCCUGACCAGCACCCAGGGCUCCAUGAAGGAACACGUCCUCUCCCUGUACUACCACAUCCUGUACUGGAGCCACUCCGAUGACCCUCAGGUACUUUCUUUUCUUACUAGCACUGACUUUUCUGAUAGCUACUUUAUUGGUGGAAAAUGUACUGUGACUGUGAUAUGUGGUGGCUCACCUAGCUACCUUAAGAUGGAUGCACUAACUGUAAGUCACUCUGGAUAAGAGCAUCUACUAAAUGACAAAAAUGUAUAUGUUACUUUUUUUGGUUUCUAGCUGAAUCUAUAAUCAGGACAGAUUAAUUAUUAUUUGGAACAACUAGACAUCCUCAGAGAGAAGUUUAAAAUGUACAGACCUUUUAGUUUCUCCAGUUCACACUUCCCUUUUUCUAUGGUCCCUUAAGACACCUGGGCCUCCCCUCAGUAACCCUGUGACUGCUAUAAAACCCCACACACCAGAAGCCAUAACAACAUGUAACACUCUAAACCGCAACCUUAAAAAGAACGCACCUGUGUUCUUACUGUGGUUUUCUAUGUAACACAAUAAUGAAUAAUACCCCUUUCAGAAGUAUGGAAUGUGGCGCCUUGAAUGCUCCUCGGCUACGGCAUGUUUGUUUGACUGAAAGGGUACACUACAGCUUUUUAAAUGCCGCAACGAAACCUUUUCUGGUGAUAGUUUUGAAGCGCCACUGAACAGGCAUUUAACUUGUCUGUUAAGGAAUGCCGCUUCUGAAGCAGGACUAACAUCCAUCACUAGGCAACCAGAACUGUCAAUCAAAUGAUCUUGCGCUGCCUGCCUGCUGCAUGCGCGCAGACCACUCGCUCCUAACGCCUUGAUCACACCGAUAGCGUCAUUGCGCAAAAUAGUACGCAGCAUUAUCUGGAUAUGUGUGCAACAAAAAUUAAACAAUCACCUUCUGCUACCGUUUCUGUCAGGCCGUCUACGCGUACAGUUUGACGCAUACGUUAGAUAAAUCCAAAGUAUGCACCACACAGAACGCACUGCAACUGCCUCUGCAACGCAAUGCUUCAAGGCAAACGCAGCGUUCCAUUGGAAAUGAAUGUACUUCUGGUGUACCAAAAUGCAAUGACGCUGUCAGUGUGAUCGAGGCAUAAGAAAAGUACUUUGAAGUUCAUAAAAUACAAUGACUUACCAAUGACUUACCAAUAAAAAAACAGCAGAAUAACAACACAACAGCACAUCAAUCUGCAACGUUUAUUGUUGUAAGGGAAACAAUACCGAACAUUCUAUGCUGGAGCAGACUUCUACUGUCUGAAAGGUACAGAGGCUUCUGAUGCGGCAUAAAAAAAAAAAAAAUUGUCUGAAAGGUUAUCAAUUGUCACUAUCGACCCGUUACUGUAGCGGCGUCCUAUGUAAGGGGUUUAAGUCAAGGGGUAUGAAUACUUUCUGAAUGCACUGUAAUUGUGUGACGGUGGGGAUGCAGGGUUGUUCCAAAUGAAACAACUACAAGUGUGCUUGCUCUAAUUCCAGCUAGACAAGCUCAAAAAAGGACCUUAUAGUUGAAGCCUCUUCUUUGAAUCAUAAAAGUGCAUUGAAAUUGCUUAGGGACUGUGCACUUUGGAGAGGUGUGUGUGUGUGUGGCACUUGGAGACACCAGUUAGACCUCUCACUCAAACCCUUAUAAUUAGUUUUUCUUAUGUUGCACCUACCUCACAUGUUCCAGGAAUAUUCUUAUAAUGUUACUGAAUGUAUCCAGAGUAUUUUUAGAUGUAGUUAUCAACAAAUGCGGCAAAAAUUACAAUAAAUGUAAAAUGCACAUAAAAUCAAGUGUAAUGGGCUCCCGAGUGGCACAGUGGUCUAAGGUACUGCAUUGCAGUGCUUGAGGCGUCACUACCGACCCAGGUUCGUUCCCGGGCUGUGUCACAACCGGCCGUGACCGGGAGUCCCAUUGGGUGGCGCACAAUUGGCCCAGCGUCGUCCGGGUUAGGGGAGGGUUUGGCCGGGGGGGCUUUACUUGGCUCAUUGCGCUCUAGCGACUCCUUGUGGCGGGCCGGGCGCCUGCAGGCUGACUUCGAUCAUCAGUUGAAUGGUGUUUCCUCCGACACAUUGGUGCGGCUGGCUUCCGGGUUAAGUGGGCGGGUGUUAAGAAGCGCCGUUUGGCGGGUCAUGUUUCGGAGGACACAUGACUCGACCUUCGCCUCUCCCGAGCCCGUUGGGGAGUUGCAGCGAUAAGACAAGAUCUCAAUUGGAUAUCACGAAAUUGGGGAGAAAAAGGGGGUAAAAAAUUAUAAAUAAAUAUAAAGUGUAAUGUUAGGAUUCAGUCUUGUCAGGUGAACUGUUGUGUAACUCACCUUUUGGUCUAAUAAUAACUGUUCCCUUUAAAUGGCUACCAUGGUUAUGCAUACAGUGAGGGAAAAAAGUAUUUGUACGUUUGCCCACUGACAAAGAAAUUAUCAGUCUAUAAUUUUAAUGGUAGGUUUAUUUGAACAGUGAGAGGCAGAAUAACAACAAAAAAAUCCAGAAAAACGCAUGUCAAAAAUUGAUUAGCAUUUUAAUGAGGGAAAUAAGUAUUUUACCCCCUCUCAAUCAGAAAGAUUUCUGGCUCCCAGGUGUCUUUUAUACAGGCAACAAGCUGAGAUUAGGAGCACAAUCUUAAAGGGAGUGCUCCUAAUCUCAGCUUGUUACCUGUAUAAAAGACACCUGUCCACAGAAGCAAUCAAUCAGAUUCCAAACUCUCCACCAUGGCCAAGACCAAAGAGCUUUCCAAGGAUGUCAGGGACAAGAUUGUAGACCUACACAAGGCAGGAAUGGGCUACAAGACCAUCGCCAAGCAGCUUGGUGAGAAGGUGACAACAGUUGGUGCGAUUAUUCGCAAAUGGAAGAAACACAAAAUAACUGUCAAUCUCCCUCGGCCUGGGGCUCCAUGCAAGAUCUCACCUCGUGGAGUUGCAAUGAUCAUGAGAACGGUGAGGAAUCAGCCCAGAACUACACGGGAGGAUCUUGUCAAUGAUCUCAAGGCAUCUGGGACCAUAGUCACCAAGAAAACAAUUGGUAACACACUACGCCGUGAAAGACUGAAAUCCUGCAGCGCCCGCAAGGUCCCCCAGCUCAAGAAAGCACAUAUACAGGGCCGUCUGAAGUUUGCCAAUGAACAUCUGAAUGAUUCAGAGGAGAACUGGGUGGAAGUGUUGUGGUCAGAUGAGACCAAAAUCAAGCUCUUUGGCACCAACUCAACUCGCUAUGUUUGGAGGAGGAGGAAUGCUGCCUAUGACCCCAAGAACACCAUCCCCACCGUCAAACAUGGAGGUGGAAACAUUAUGCUUUGGGGGUGUUUUUCUGCUAAGGGGACAGGACAACUUCACCGCAUCAAAGGGACGAUAGACGGGGCCAUGUACCGUCAAAUCUUGGGUGAGAACCUCCUUCCCUCAGCCAGGGCAUUGAACAUGGGUCGUUGAUGGGUAUUCCAGCAUGACAAUGACCCAAAACACACGGCCAAGGCAACAAAGGAGUGGCUCAAGAAGAAGCACAUUAAGGUCCUGGAGUGGCCUAGCCAGUCUCCAGACCUUAAUCCCAUAGAAAAUCUGUGGAGGGAGCUGAAGGUUCGAGUUGCCAAACGUCAGCCUCGAAACCUUAAUGACUUGGAGAAGAUCUGCAAAGAGGAGUGGGACAAAAUCCCUCCUGAGAUGUGUGCAAACCUGGUGGCAAACUACAAGAAACGUCUGACCUCUGUGAUUGCCAACAAGGGUUUUGCCACCAAGUACUAAGUCAUGUUUUGCAGAGGGGUCAAAUACUUAUUUCCCUCAUUAAAAAUCUAAUCAAUUUAUAACAUUUUUGACAUGUGUUUUUCUGGAUUUAUUUGUUGUUAUUCUGUCUCUUACUGUUUAAAUUAACCUACCAUUAAAAUUAUAGACUGAUCAUGUCUUUGUCAGUGGGCAAACGUACAAAAUCAGCAGGGGAUCAAAUACUUUAUUCCCUCACUGUAUACUUUUCAUAUUUUUUACAUUUACAUCAUUUAGCAGACGCUCUUAUCCAGAGCGACUUACAAAUUGGUGCAUUCAACUUAUGAUAGCCAGUGGAACAACCACUUUUUUUUUUUUUUUUAUUGGUGUGGGAAGAAGGAUUACUUAAUACUAUUCCAGGUAUUCCUUAAAGAGGUAGGGUUUCAAGUGUCUCCGGAAGGUGGUCAGUGACUCCGCUGUCCUGGCGUCGUGGGGGAGCUUGUUCCACCAUUGGGGUGCCAGAGCAGCAAAUAGCUUUGACUGGGCUGAGCGGGAACUGUGCUUCCGUAGAGGUAGGGGAGCUAGCAGGCCAGAGGUGGAUGAACGUAGUGCCCUCGUUUGGGUGAAGGGUCUGAUCAGAGCCUGAAGGUAAGGAGGUGCCGUUCCCCUCACAGCUCCGUAGGCAAGCACCAUGGUCUUGUAGCAGAUGCGAGCCUCAACUGGAAGCCAGUGGAGUGUGCGGAGGAGCAAGGUGACAUGAUAGAACUUGGGAAGGUUGAACACCAGACGGGCUGCGGCGUUCUGGAUAAGUUGUAGGGGUUUAAUGGCAGGGAGCCCAGCCAACAGCGAGUUGCAGUAAUCCAGACGGGAGAUGACAAGUGCCUGGAUUAGGACCUGUGCCGCUUUCUGUGUAAGGUAGGGUCGUACCUGCAGGAUCGGGUCACCGCUUUGAUGUUAGCGGAGAACGACAGGGUGUUGUCCAGGGUCACGCCAAGGUUCUUUGCACUCUGAGAGGAGGACACAAUGGAGUUGUCAACCGUGAUGGCGAGAUCAUGGAGCAGGCAGUCCUUCCCCGGGAGGAAGAGCAGCUCCGUCUUGCCGAGGUUCAGCUUGAGGUGGUGAUCCGACAUCCACACUGAUAUGUCUGCCAGACAUGCAGAGAUGCGAUUCGCCACCUGGUUAUCAGAAGGGGGAAAGGAGAAAAUUAAUUGUGUGUCGUCUGCGUAGUAAUGAUAGGAGAGACCAUGUGAGGAUAUCACAGAGCCAAGUGACUUGGUGUAUAGAGAGAAUAGGAGAGGGCCUAGAACUGAGCCCUGGGGGACACCAGUGGUGAGAGCACGUGGUGCGGAGACAGAUUCUCACCACGCCACCUGGUAGGAGCGACCUGUCAGGUAGGACGCAAUCCAAGAGUGAGCAGCGCCGGAGAUGCCCAACUCGGAGAGGGUGGAGAGGAGGAUCUGAUGGUGGAGAGGAGGUCUAGCGUAUUGCCUGCCUUGUGAGUAGGGGGGGACGGUGAGAGGGUGUCAAAAGUGGAAAUGAGUGGAAAGAAGGAGGCAGAGAGAAAUUAGUCAAAGGCAGACGUAGGGAGGUUAAAGUCACCCAGAACUGUGAGGGGUGAGCCAUCCUCAGGAAAGGAACUUAUCAAGGCGUCAAGCUCAUUGAUGAACUCUCCAAGGGAACCUGGAGGGCGAUAAAUGACAAGGAUGUUAAGCUUGAAUGGGCUAGUGACUGUGACAGCAUGGAAUUCAAAUGAGGAGAUAGACAGAUGGGUCAGGGGAAAAAGAGAGAAUGUCCACUUGGGAGAGAUGAGGAUUCCUGUACCAACGCCGUGCUGACCAGAUGCUCUCGGGGUAUGCGAGAACACAUGGUUAGACGAGGAAAAAACAGUAGGAGUAGCAGUGUUUUCUGUGGUAAUCCAUGUUUCCGUCAGCGCCAAGAAGUCGAGGGACUGGAGGGUAGCAUAGGCUGAGAUGAACUCUGCCUUGUUGGCCGCAGAACGCCAGUUCCAGAGGCUGCCAGAGACCUGGAACUCCACGUGGGUCGUGCACGCAGGGACCACCAGAUUAGAGUGGCAACAGCCACGUGGUGUGAAGCGUUUGUAUGGCCUGUGCAGAGAGGAGAGAACAGGGAUAGACAGACACAUAGUUGACAGGCUACAGAAAAAGGCUACAAUAAUGCAAAGGAGAUCGGAAUGAAAUGAACUAAACAUCUGGGAAAGCGAGAGAGCGGGGCCUCACUUACGUUUCACUGAAACACUCAAAUAUAACUCUUCCAACUUCCACUUUAGAAAUUAUAAUUGUUGUAAACUACAGCUGUUCAAUGUUUACUAGGAAUAGACUCUAACUUAGUUUAUUCAGCUAACUUGGUACAGUAUUCUUCCGUGAAAACCGUCCAGGGCACCGAAUCCUAUGACGCCAAAGCCAACUAGCAUGCCAGCCUCCAAUAAAAUGGUUUAGCACCAAUACUUGGUUACAACAAACCACCAGUGUGUUAACACGCCAAGCAGAUAAUUCGUGUCCGUGUCUAACGUUGUGUAAAGUUUUGGGUUAGUUUUGACAGUUUGAGUGAGUACGUCGUCAACUUAUUCAGCCAGUUAGUUAGCUAGAAUAGUUAGCAUACUAGCUAGCCAUUGCUCUCUGCCAACGAGCUAACCCCUCCUCCCACGGCGCGAACACACAGAGAGCCAAGCUAACGUUAACUAGUCACCCAUGUCCCGAAUUCCCUUGAACGACUCUGGUUACCAUUAUGUAAAAAUAAAACAAAAGUAUAUGUAGGUUAUAACUUACCCUUUGUAGCUACUGUUAGCCAGUUAAGUGCAAAGCUAGCCACUGACUCGAUUCAGCCACAGUUGCUAAUAGUUACCAGUAGCUACCCGCUAGCUAGCUAGCUUUAUUGGUCCAGGUAGUGAGUUAGCUAGCCUCGUGCUUCACCGGGAUCAGCCGAAUACAAUACUUACCUACAAUAAUUACCUACAAUAACCUAGAUAAACUACCUACAAUACAUAACUACAAUACCUACCUACCUACAAUCUAAAUACAUGGUUUAAGCUUUAGUCGACACCAUAGAAGCCAAGCUUACCUCCCGCCAGAGAGAGACAAAACCUCACCUGACCCGACGCUGUCCCAUCUAUCAGUGGUUCUUCUGUAAGAUUUCAAUUUAGCCCUAUCCAUAUAGGACAAUUCCCACGAGUGUAAAGGGUUAAAUAAAAAAAGCGUAUUUAUUGUAAAAAGUAAAGCCAACACGUUUCGGAUUUUGGCCUUCUUCAGGGUUUUUAUUCUGAAAGGUUUUGAAGUGUCGGACAGGGCAUUCAAAUGAGCAUCGGAUUGAAUGCAAAGCUCUUAUUACAUAUUCUCUGUAACUCCCCCAGGACUUCAACAUCAAUAGUAUCUGCUCUUCUGCUAUCUGUACCUGUGGAACACCAGAGAUAUAUGAUUCCUUUUUAACCCACAGGUUGUUUGCCCUACCUCAGUGUUUCGUAAACCUCUCCUGGAGUACCUCAGCCAUUCCACUUACUUGAUGUAUUCCAGGACUAGCACAGCUGAUUCAAGUAAGGAAGGGCUUGGUGAUUAGUUCACCAGUGGAAUCAACUGUGCUAGUACUGCAUUACAUCAAGUAAGUGGAAUGGCUGGAGGUACUCCAGGAGAGGUUUGGGAAACACAGCCCUAUCUUAUUUCACUAUGCAAAAACCUCUUAACAUGUUUUUUUUGUAUGACCAGGGUCUGAAGCCAAAAGUGGUGGACUCGAGCAACAACCUGGUGACGCUGCCUGAGCUGGAGGCCUGGACGUGGUACUGUGUCAUGGUUCAGUCUCGCUACGACUACUACAACAAGACCAGCAGCUACACAGCACCCCAGUGCAUGCAGACAGAAGGUAAAGACUUUGAGAACGGUUUUGAAAUAGCAUGACGUGAGUGUGUGUGUAACCUACCUGUAUCAGUGUGAGUAAGUAUACUGUAUGAGUGUGUGUGUUUUUGCUUUACAGGAGUAUUUACACAUUAAUAUAGGCACUGUAAUGUAGUGUGAAGGACACUGUUAAGUGUGAUUGUGUCUUCAUCCACAGGUGACACCCUGUGCUGGCAGAUUUUCCUGGUCUCCCUGGUAGCGUGUAUCCUGCUGGUGCUGCUGCCCUACGCCUUCUUUAGGUUCUACAGAGUCCUCAAAAACACCUUGUACCCCUCCAUCCAGCUGCCUGCACACAUCCAGGAGGUAGGCUAUACAUGGGCUAGCGCACACACACAACCAUUUCAAAUCAAAUCAAAUGUUACUUGUCACAUACGCCGAAUACAACAGGUGUAGACUUUACCGUGAAAUUCUUAUUUACAAGCCCUUAACCAACAAUGCAGUUUUAAGAAAAUAGUUUAAAAAAUAUUUACUAAAUAAAAUAAAAUAAAAAAAGUAACACAAUAAAAUAACAAUAACGAGGCUAUAUGCAGGGGGUACCGGUACCAAGUCAAUGUGUGGGGGUACAGGUUAGUCAAGGUAAUUUAGGUAAUUUGUACAUGUACAGUGGCUUGCGAAAGUAUUCACCCCCCUUGGCAUUUUUCCUGUUUUGUUGCCUUACAACCUGAAAUUAAAAUUGAUUAUUUGGGGGUUUGUAUCAUUUGAUUUACACAACACGCCUACCACUUUGAAGAUGCAAAAUACUUUUUAUUGUGAAACAAACAAGAAAUAAGACAAAAAAAGAGAACUUGAGCGUGCAUAACUACUUUAUUUAACUAAUUAUGUGACUUCUGAAGGUAAUUGGUUGAACCAGAUCUUAUUUAGGAGUUUCAUAGCAAAGGGGGUGAAUACAUAUGCACGCACAUCUUUUCUGUAAAUUUUUUUAUAGAAUUUUUUUUCACUUCACCAAUUUGGACUACUUUGUAUGUCCAUUACAUGAAAUCCAAAUAAAAAUCCAUUUAAAUGACAGGUUGUAAUGCAACAAAAUUGGAAAAACGUCAAGGGGGUUGAAUACUUUUACAAGGCACUGGUGGUAGGGGUAAAGUGACUAUGCAUAGAUAAUAAACAGCGAGUAGCAGCAGGCCUCACAGUGGCUAGCAUGUACACAACAGUAAUAUCUAGGUGGUGUAACAUCACCCUAUCUGUGGGUGGGUGUGUGUCUCAGGGGGUGUUUCAAUAAAUUGAGUAAUCGUAUGCUGCGCCCUCUUCCCCCCCCCCCCCCCCCCCCCCAGUUUCUCUGUGACUCCUCAACCAGCUCUGAAAUGCCCAUCCUACUCACUCCUGAGUCGGAGCUGUGCUAUAAUAAUCUGAGCGUGUGCCCUGAGGUGGUGCUGCUGGAGAUCCACAUCCCUCCUCCCUUCACAGCUCCCCCCUCAGGGCUGGAGCAGGACAGCAGCAGGCAUAGCCGCCAGGGCAGUGAAGGUAGUGGGGACUCUGGGGUCUACUCCACAGAGGGAGGCUCCGCCCAGCAGGGUCGUAGUGGUCGGGGUGUGCCAAUCAGGAGAGACAAGGAAGUGGACUCCUGGCAGACGCUGGAGCAGGACAAGCUGGAGAUGGGGGGAGAGCCCGGAGACUAA